AUGAGUUAUACUAAAACUGCUAUUUUAUCAGUCUAUGAUAAGACCGGAUUAUUAGACUUAGCUAAAGGGUUAGCUGAUGCUAAAGUUAGAAUUUUAGCUUCAGGUGGUACUGCUAAAUUAGUCAAAGAAGCUGGUUUCCCUGUUGAAGAUAUCUCAACAAUUACCCAUGUUCCUGAAAUGUUAGGUGGUAGAGUUAAAACUUUACAUCCUGCUGUUCAUGGUGGUAUCUUAGCUAGAGAUUUAGAAAGUGAUGAAGCUGAUUUACAUGCUCAAGGAAUUGAAAAAGUUGAUUUCGUUGUAUGUAAUUUAUAUCCUUUCAAAGAAACUGUUUCUAAAAUUGCCGUUACAAUUGAUGAAGCUAUUGAAGAAAUUGAUAUUGGUGGUGUUACUUUAUUAAGAGCUGCUGCUAAAAAUCACAAAAGAGUUGUUAUCUUAUCAGAUCCAAAUGAUUACGCUGGUUUCUUACAAGAAUUAAAAACUGGUGAAAUCUCAAGUGAAACUAGAAACAAAUAUGCUUUAAAAGCUUUUGAACACACUGCUGAUUAUGAUGUUGCUAUUUCUGAUUUCUUCAGAAAACAAUAUAAUGAAAAUGUUAGUCAAUUACCAUUAAGAUAUGGUGCUAACCCUCAUCAAAAACCAGCUCAAGCUUUCGUUCAACAAGGUGAUUUACCUUUCAAAGUUUUAGGUGGUUCUCCAGGUUAUAUCAAUUUGUUAGAUGCUUUAAACUCGUGGCCUUUGGUCAAAGAAUUAUCAGCUUCAUUAAAUUUACCUGCUGCUGCUAGUUUCAAACAUGUCUCACCAGCUGGUGCUGCCAUCGGUUUACCUUUAUCUGAUAUUGAAAAGAAAAUGUACUUCGUUGAAGAUAUUGAAAACUUAUCACCAUUAGCCAAUGCUUAUGCUAGAGCCAGAGGUGCUGAUAGAAUGUCAAGUUUUGGUGAUUUCAUUGCAUUAUCUAAUAUUGUUGAUUUACCAACUGCACAAAUCAUUGGUAAAGAAGUCAGUGAUGGUGUUAUUGCUCCAGGUUAUGAACCAGAAGCUUUAGAAAUCUUAAAAAAGAAAAAAGGUGGUAAAUACUGUAUCUUACAAAUUGAUCCAAACUAUAACCCUGAUACUUUGGAAUCAAGACAAGUUUAUGGUAUAACUUUACAACAAAAAAGAAACGAUGCUAUCUUUAAAAACACCACUUUUAAAGAAAUCAUUUCUAAAAACAAAAACUUAACUGAACAAGGUAAAAUUGAUUUAACCGUUGCUACCAUUGCUUUAAAAUACACUCAAUCAAACUCUGUUUGUUACGUUAAAAACGGUAUGGUUAUCGGUUUGGGUGCUGGUCAACAAAGUAGAAUCCAUUGUACCAGAUUAGCUGGUGACAAAGCCGAUAACUGGUGGUUAAGACAACACCCAAGAGUUUUAGGAUUCAAAUGGGCUAAAGGUACUAAGAGACCAGAUAAAUCAAAUGCUAUUGACUUAUUUGUAUCUAAUCAAAUCCCAAAGACUGAACCAGAAAAAUCAGAAUAUGAAUCUAAAUUCGUUGACGUUCCAGAACCAUUAACUGAACAAGAAAGAUCAGAAUGGUUAUCAAAGAACACCAAUGUUGCAUUAUCAUCUGAUGCUUUCUUCCCAUUCCCAGACAAUGUUUACAGAGCUGCCAGAUCUGGUGUUAAAUUCAUUACUGCUCCUUCAGGAAGUGUCAUGGAUAAAGCUGUCUUCGCCGCUGCUGAUUCUCACGAUAUCGUUUAUGUUGAAAAUCCAAUUAGAUUAUUCCAUCAUUAA